AUGACUGUCGUCAACGGCACAGGAGCCGGGAAACCGGUACUCUUCUUUGAUAUCGACAACUGUCUCUACUCACGAAGUACCAAGGUUCAGGAUUUGAUGGCAGAUCUGAUUGACAAGUACUUUUCGAAGCACCUGGACCUUCCCUGGGACGAAGCUGUCAGACUUCACAAGGAGUACUACACAAGUUACGGAUUGGCCAUUGAAGGUCUCGUCCGCCACCACCAGAUUAACCCGCUAGAGUAUAAUGCUGAAGUCGACGAUGCUCUACCACUCCAGGACAUCAUCAAGCCUGAUCCCGAGCUGAGGAAACUUCUGGAGAGUAUUGACAAGUCCAAAGUCACGGUUUGGCUUUUUACUAAUGCCUACGUCACUCACGCCAAGAGAGUCGUCCGCCUCCUCGGUAUUGAGGACCUCUUUGACGGCCUUACAUACUGUGACUAUUCUCAGAAGCCUCUAACUUGCAAGCCGCACCCAGAUAUGUACAAAAAGGGUAUGCGAGAAGCUGGCGUUACCGACGUAAAUGAUUGCUACUUCGUUGAUGAUUCCUUCUUGAAUUGUACGAAAGCCAGAGACUUCGGCUGGACCGCGGCUCAUUUGGUUGAAGAAGGUUUGCCAGUACCCGACAAGAAAGCCUCUCAAUACCAGAUACGCCACUUGAGUGAACUGCGAACUAUUUAUCCGCAGUUCUUCAAAUAA